GCCAGUGUUCAAAAACCAGUGGAAUACAUGUUACAUCAGAUCCUGCUAUAGACUGCUGUUGACCAUCUUUUGUCAUUUUGCGUUUUCUCUCAACUCAACUGCAUAACCUGAUACUUUGGCAGCUGAUUGUACGGUGUCACAAGAAAGUGGAUGAGCAAGUGAAAAUGUCCACGUCUUUUGUCAAGUGUCCAGUGGGAUCAUGUGUUGUUAUAUCCGGCCUGUUCUCAGAGUCAGUAUACCUUUUUCUUGGCUCAACUUCAUGAGGAAUAUUUAACUCGUCUAAACAUUUAGCCCAAGUUGGGACACAUUUGUAUUGUGUUGCCAUACUGGUCCACCACCAAACUUGCAGGUCAAUAGAUGGUAACCAUGUUCAUCAAGGCUUGUACCACAAUCACACUUGGUAACAAUACGACUUGCAGACAGACAAAUAGAGAGAUAGACAUCUGAAAACAAAGACAUGUGAGAGCUCGUCUACUAGAGUCCUUGUCACAGCACGCCAUUAGUCCACAGGAGUCACUAUUACUGAAACCAACAGUUUCUAUUGCUAAUGCAAAGGAGACACGUAGGGGGCUUGAAAGAAGGAUGGAGGUAGAGCAACUAAGCAGCAAGUUAGACAUUGAAGUAAAGUCAAGGAAAAGUAGAAAGCGAAAACAAACUGAGUCAUGUCUAGUAGCUAAAGAGAUUCAUAAAGUGAUGAAAACAAAAAUUGAGUCUUCGUCAUCAAAUGAGUCAAGCUAUGGUGAUGAUGAGGACCACAAUGAGGAUGAGGAUGACAAUGAUGCCGUCAAUGAUGAUAACAACAGCAGUGGAAAGGACAUGAAAACAGCAGAAUUGGGACAGACAGCAACACAGACGGUGUCAGCAGCAGUAAAAUAUGACAAAUUAAGCAAAGAGUCUGAAAAUAUGAUGAUAACUAGUGAUGAAAAUACAUUUGAAUGUCAGCACAAUCUGCAGUCUUGUCGUGUGACAUCUGAACGUGAACCACAAUCAGCUGUGGUCGUAGCUUUGAAUAGAGAUCCUCAAAUUCAGAUGGUUAGGCUCCAACUCCCCAUCGUAGCUGAAGAACAGGCCAUUAUGGAGGCUAUUUAUUACAACAGUGUAGUCAUUAUAUGUGGUGAGACAGGAAGUGGCAAAACAACACAAGUCCCACAGUUUUUGUAUGAAGCAGGUUAUGGCAGCAAGGAGUCUCCAGGUGUACGAGCGGGUGUCAUUGGUGUAACUGAACCAAGGAGAGUUGCAGCUGUCAGUAUGUCUAAGAGGGUGGCCCAGGAGAUGGCUCUUCCCACGAGUGUAGUAUCAUAUCAAAUUCGUUAUGAAGGAAAUGUUACUGAGAAGACAGCUAUCAAGUUUAUGACAGAUGGCGUGUUACUGAGAGAAGUAGAGCAGGACUUUCUUUUGUCUAAAUAUUCAGUUAUUAUCAUAGAUGAAGCUCAUGAACGAAGCGUGUUUACAGACAUUAUGAUUGGACUUUUGUCUCGAAUUGUACCACUACGAGAGAAAAAAGAGAUGCCACUGAAGUUGGUUAUUAUGUCAGCUACUCUAAAAAUUGACGAAUUUACAGAAAAUAAACUACUUUUUCCAACUGCUCCAGUAGUCAUCAAUGUGGAAUCACGUCAGUAUUCUGUCACAGUUCACUUCAACAGAAGAACUCCUAAUGACUAUGUUAAUGAAUCAUUUCGGAAAGUUUGCAAGAUUCACAGGACAUUGCCUGCUGGUGGCAUUUUGGUGUUUGUGACGGGACAGCGAGAGGUAGAACAUCUCUGUCGGAAGUUAAGAAGACAGUUUCCAUCAAAAUUUGGUCAGACAUCAGCUACAGCAAUUUCCAGGAAAAUGAAGCACAAGAAGCGUCAUGUGAAACGUUCUAUUGUGAAAGUCAACUUAGAUGACUAUUCUACAGAGCCUACCAUUCCUUUGAGGCCAGACAGUCUAGAUGAUGGUGAAAUUGCAGAUGUAGAGUGUAGCAGUGAAUCUGAGGAGUCUGAUAACGGUUUAUUGGAAGGAGAUGGUGACCUACCUUUACAUGUACUCCCUCUCUACUCACUUUUGCCAUCUGAUAAACAAGCAAAGGUAUUCAAGGUGCCACCCACAGGCUAUAGAUUGUGUGUAAUUGCAACAAACGUUGCAGAAACAUCUAUAACAAUCCCACAUGUGAAAUACGUUGUUGACAGCGGAAUGGUAAAACAGAAGGUGUAUGAUAAUGUUACCGGCAUUUCAACUUUUAGAGUGACUUGGACUUCAAAGGCAUCUGCAAAUCAGAGAGCUGGACGAGCUGGCAGAACAGAUGCUGGCCACUGCUACAGGCUGUUCUCUUCAUCUGUAUUCCAACAUCAUUUUCCAGAGUUUGCUCGUGCUGAAAUCAGUGGCAGACCAGUAGAUGAUCUUAUUCUACAAAUGAAGAGUAUGGGAAUAACUGUGGUUGAAAAUUUUCCAUUCCCAACCCCUCCAAAGGAUGAAGCUAUUAAAGCUGCUGAGCAAUUGUUGGUAAAUCUUGGUGCAUUAAAAGAGGAAAAGACAAGUUCAGGAUCAGUGCAGCGGAUUGUGACAAGUUUGGGUCUUGUUAUGGCCAAGUUUCCUGUUUCUCCACGCUGUGCUAAGAUGCUGACACUCGGACACCAAAAUGGUUGUUUGCCAUAUAUUAUUGCUUUGGUGGCUGCUCUUAGUGUCAAGGAACUUUUCAUGGACUCAAAUCUACCAACAUCAACAUCAGCUGACAUGAGUGAAGAACAACAUCAAGAAAGACAAUAUAGUUUAAGAAAACGAUGGGCUGGCCAGGGAGGAGCAGAACUUCUUGGUGAUUUGAUGGUUUUGCUACGAGCAGUUGGUGCUUGUGAAUACUCUGGCAAUAGUGAAAAAUUUUGCUCAGAAAAUGGCAUUCGCUACAAAGCAAUGAGUGAAGUGAGAAGACUGCGACUGCAACUGACCAAUGCAGUCAAUGGCGUUGUUGAGAGUUCGUUUCUGUGUGUCAAUCCCAAGAUGGUUCCACCAUCUCUGGAACAAGCUCGAAUACUUCGGCAGAUUGUUCUUGCUGGUUGUAGUGACCAUGUGGCAAGGCGAAUUCCUGUUGAUACUGUAAAUGAGAGAGGAAUAAAGAAGGCUCAGAUUGGUUAUGAGUGUUUGCUAACUGAUGACGUUGUGUUUAUUCAUCCCACUACUGUUCUGUUUCGGCUCAAGCCAGACUUUGUUGUCUUUCAGGAGCUGUUUGAAACAAGUAAACUGUACAUGAGAAAUUUGUGUGCUGUUGAGCCAGACUGGUUGUCAGUUUUAUCACCGCAUCUUUGUUCAUACUCAAAACCAUUAGAGCAGCCUCCUCCCGAUUAUGACACUCAGACUGGUACUGUUAAGUGCUACAUGACAUCAACGUUUGGUAAACGAUGCUGGUGUUUGUCUGCACAGCGACUAGACUUUCCUGAAGGUUUAGACAAAUUCAAAUGGUUUGCUAGAUUUCUGUUGGAAGGAAAGGUGCUACCGAAAUUGUCAAAGUUUGUUCCUUUAUUACUGAGCAAGCCAUCAACUAUGAUCAAAACUUGGUCAAAGUUGCACAAACGAACAGAGACUCUUCUUGUUGCACUUGUACAGAGAAAUGUCAAUUGCUACAAACAGUUGAAAUUAGAACUGGAAAGCAAUGAGGAAUAUCUGCUCACAGAGUAUUUAGUCUGGGUACCAAAAGACACCCAUAGUGAAGUAAGGCAUAUGUGGCCUCCUAUGUAGGUGAGGAUUUUGAUGUAGUCAUUCAGCAGAGAUGGACAACUAGCAGGCAUAUAUUAUAAAUCAGGAGUUUAGAAGUGUGGUGCAAUGAGACUGUUACUAUUACUAUUACUGCUGUUUCAAGCUACAUGUGAUAUGUGCUUGUAUUUGUGCUGUUACUUUGAUAGUAUGAAGAAGCACUUGAAGUGCAAACCCUCGGCCGGUAUGCACCUUGAAGGUAAAUUAGUCGCGCUAUGACAAAAUCGUAUGACAGAAUGGUAUGAUGUGGGUA